ACGCCGCAUUGUAUCAGUACGAAUACAAAUCAAACUCUAAAUACAAUCAUCGAUCCUCGCCCACCGACAAUGCAGAAUUUGUUCUUCCUCCUCUCCUUUCAACAUGUCAAGUCCAGACUCCUUAUAUAUUUGAAAGUGUUUCCAUUCUUCAGCGUCUGAGAAAAAGCUCCUGCAGGAUGAAGGAGAUGAAGAGGCUCAGGUUCCGGCCGCUGGCGGAGCCCCGGAGUUUUGGGUCAGGGCUAAUUAUCGGAUGCAUUUUGGCGUCGAUGAUUUAUGCCAUAAUGUACAGAAGUGAAGAAGGAAUCGACCAUCGGUCUAUCUUGACUUGCAAGCUUCCACCGUCUUCGUCGUCGGACGACGCGGCUACUGCGAAUUCUUCUGUCGAAGAAGGCAGGAGCAUUCUAUCGACAAAUAGUGACCCGGCAAAUGAAGAAGACAAGAGCGCAAUCAAUUCUUCCUUCGAAGAAGAGAAGGUUUUAAUAACCGGGAGAAAUGAGUCCGUUGACGAGGAGGAGGAAGGAACCAAAGUGAAAAAUGAUAAACAAGCGUCGGCGAAAGCAUCAGCUGUCGAUCACAAUCAACCAGAAGCUUUGCCUGCGAAGAAACCGAUUUGCGAUUUCUCCCAGUACAGAUUAGACAUCUGCGAUUUAGAGGGCGAUAUCAGAGUCAUCGGGAAGAAUCUCUCUUCGGUAAUGCUCGUUGCAUCCAGAGACGCCCCUGCAUCGUCAUGGGAGAUCAAACCGUAUCCCCGCAAGUACGACCGUUCCGCCAAGGCCAAAGUCCGAUCUUUCAACGUCACGACACUGCACGCCUCCGCCGCCCCAAACUGUGACGUCCGCCACUCCGUCCCAGGCGUGCUCUUUUCCACCGGCGGCCACUGCGGAAACUGCUUCCACGACUUCGCCGACGUGCUCGUUCCUCUCUUUCAGACCGCCGGCCCGCUUCGCCGACAAGUCCGGUUCGCCAUUUCCAGUUUGAAAGGCUGGUGGAUGAUGAAGUACCGACCGUAUCUGACCCAGCUGUCCGCCUUCGACGUCAUCGACCUCGACGGCGACGACCGCGUUCAUUGCUUCGACCGCCUGACGGUCGGCCUGCGCGCGAAGCGCGACUUGAUGAUCGACGCCGAAGAGGCCCCCGAUGGCCACUCCAUCGCCGGCUUCGUCGAGCUCACCCGCAGCGUCUACGGUCUCGGUCGCGCCCGAGUCGGGCCGAAGAACAACCCCACGAAGCCGCGCCUUCUGUUCAUCGCGCGCGGCGGAACGAGGAAGUUCGCGAACCUGGACGCGCUGACGGCGGCCGCGGAAGCGGUGGGCUUCGAGGCGGUGGCGGCGGAGCCGGACUUCAUGGACGUCGCCCGGUUCGCGCACGUGGUGAACUCGUGCGACGUGUUGGUUGGCGUGCACGGCGCAGGCCUGACCAAUUUCCUCUUCCUACCCACCGGAGCGGUCGUCGUCCAGGUAGUGCCACUUGGGAAGCUGGACUGGAUCGCCACGAAUUUCUACGCGGAACCAGCGAUGGGUAUGAAUCUCGAGUACAUCCAGUACGACAUCACCAUCGCCGAGAGCACGCUUCUCGACGCGUAUCCGAGGGACGACAAGGUCUUCACGGAUCCGGAGUCGAUCCACAAGGAAGGUUGGCACAGGAUCCUGGAAGUCUACCUCCGCCAACAAAGCGUCCGGCUCGACGUCGACCGGUUCAGACCGGUUCUGGAGAAAGCAUACGGGCUCGUCCGGGAGAAGGAAUAAAUGCUCAAAUAAUAGUUUUAUUCUUUAUAUAACGGAGGGACAAACAAAAAGAAAGUGGCUUCCACAUACGUCCUGAUGCUGCAUAGCUAUAGCCAUUGGUUUCGAGAAAGAGAAACUGAAAGGAGAAGACAAAUAUUGAUUUGUUAGAGCGGUUUGUCAUGUAGCAGUAGGCAUUCAUUAUCAUAAACGGUAGAAAUUAAAGUUAAGGUGCAACGUUACACGUUUCUGAAACUA